GGGAAGCUGGCCAACAAGAUUUAGCGGUGGUGCCCCGUGGGCUUACUGUACACAUACCAGGACCCAGGACAGCCGGGCUGAGCCGGUGGUGGCAGUCUGAGCCCUCUGCAGACCGUCCCGACCAUCCUGGACAAUGCUGCUUGCCCUAGGCGCCUAUUUCCUCUGGCUUUUCACCAGUGACCUCUGGGCCGUUCAGGCUAAGGACCCAGAUACUGACGUGAGCACAAGGAGCCUUCACCGGGACUUGGCUCCAAAGAACACUGACUUUGCCUUUACCCUGUAUAGGCAUCUAGUGGCUUCAGCUCCUGGCAAGGAUGUCUUCAUCUCCCCUGUGAGCAUCUCCAUGGCCUUAGCUAUAUUGUCUCUGGGUGCCUGUGGCCACACACGGGUCCAGCUUCUCCAAGGCCUGGGCUUCAACCUCACCAAGAUGCCUGAAGCUGAGAUCCACCAGGGCUUUCGGCACCUCCACCACCUCUUCAAGAAGGAGUCAGAAACCAUGUUGGAAAUGGCUAUGGGUAAUGCCUUGUUCCUUGACCGCAGCCUGGAGCUUCUGGAGUCAUUCUCAGCAGACACCAAGCACUAUUAUGAGUUGGAGGCCUUGGCUACAGAUUUCAAGGAUGGGGCUGGAGCCAGCAGACAAAUCAAUGAGUAUAUCAAAAAUAAGACACAAGGGAAAAUUGUGGACUUUCUAUCAAAGCUGGAUAGUUCAGCCAUGCUCAUCCUGGUCAACUACAUCUUCUUCAAAGGCACAUGGGAACACCCCUUCAACCCCGAGAGCACCAGGGAGGAGAACUUCUACGUGAACAAGACCACCGUGGUAAGAGUGCCCAUGAUGUUCCAGUCGAGCACUAUCAAGUACCUUCACGACCGGGUGCUCCCCUGCCAGGUGGUCCAGCUGGAGUACAUAGGCAACGGGACCGUCUUCUUCGUGCUCCCAGAUGAGGGGAAGAUGGACACGGUCAUCGCCGCGCUGAGCCGGGACACCAUUCAGAGGUGGUCUGAGUCCAUGAUCACGCGCCAGGUAAACCUGUACAUCCCAAAGGUGGCCAUCUCCGGAGCCUAUGACCUCAGUGCCAUCCUGGGGGACAUGGGCAUUGUAGACUUGCUCGACAAGGGGGCAGAUUUCUCCGGCAUCACCCAAGAGGCCCAGCUGAAGUUGUCAAAGGUGGUCCAUAAGGUUGUGCUGCAACUCGAUGAGAAGAGUUACAAGGCAGCCGAAUUCCCCAUGGUCAUGCUAGACAUGGCAUCUGAGCCUCUCACCUUCCACUUCAACCGGCCCUUCAUUAUCAUGAUCUUCGACCACUUCACAUGGAGCAGCCUUUUCCUGGGCAAGGUUGUGAAUCCGACCUAAGGGCGCGGCCCCCAGGAGCCACAGCCCCAGCUGACCUGCACACGAGG